AUGUCAAACGGAGGUAAGAGACCGCCUGAGGAUGACUCGAAACUACCGUACUACAAGCUGGUCGUCAUCGGAGACGGAGGCGUUGGAAAGUCUUCGCUCACCAUUCAGUUCUUUCAGGUUCACCCCCUUUCUCCAGAGGUUUCAAGGGUUUAUUAUCUAUUUUCUAGAAGCAAUUCGUCGAUUACUACGAUCCGACAAUCGAAGAUCAGUAUAUUCAGCACUGCGAAAUCGAUGGCAAUUGGGUUAUUUUGGAUGGUAAGUAAGAAAAAAGUUGCCUUCAUUUUAACAAAGCGUUAUGCAGUGCUGGACACAGCUGGUCAGGAAGAGUUCUCGGCGAUGCGUGAGCAGUACAUUCGUGGCGGCCGAGGAUUCCUUUUGGUUUUCUCGGUCACUGAACGAAAGUCAUUCGAAGAGGCGCACAAAUUAUACAAUCAAGUGCUGAGAGUGAAGGAUCGCAGUGAAUAUCCGGUGCUUCUGGUGGCCAACAAGGUGGAUCUGAUCAACCAGAGAGUGGUGUCCGAGCAGGAGGGCAGGGAACUGGCCGCUCAGCUCAAGCUCAUGUACAUUGAGACGUCGGCCAAGGAGCCGCCCAUCAACGUCGACGCUGCCUUCCACGAGCUCGUUCGCAUCGUUCGCAGCUUCCCCAGCGACGAGGGCGAACACGUGGUAAGUAUUGGGCGGCGGCGGAAAUAUUCACGUGAUCAAUUGAUGCAAUUAAUUAUGUCGUGGCGACAAAUUGCCAAAAAGUUCACGUGAACAUUCACCCGCAAUUUAGCAGUAGAGCGCACUUUCCAAUUUUUUAGGCGUCAAUGGCAACAGUGCCUCGGACCAAAAAGAAGAAGGAGAAAGGAAAGUGCUCGAUUUCGUAA